AUGGGACCUUAUAGAGGUGAGAAUGUUAGAUAUCAUCUUGAAGAUUUUCGUCGAGCUAGUAGUCGGCAACUACGUGCCCCAAGAAGUUCGAAAGAAAAGUUCAACUAUUAUCAUUCUUCGUGUCGAAAUAUUAUUGAACGAACAUUUGGAGUGUGGAAAGCAAGAUGGAAUAUUUUGCACGAUAUGCCUUAUUAUCAUAUUGACACACAAAGAGAAAUUGUGCUAGUAACUAUGGCCGUUCACAAGUAUAUAAGAAAAACAAAUGUUUCAGAUGAGGCUUUCCAAAUAGCAGAGGAUGAAAAUUAUUCCGGUGAAGAACAUAGUCAUGAAGCAACUACUGGAGCUACUAACGUAGAAGAAGAAAAUACUCCCCGAAAUGCUUAUUGGAUGGCACUCCGUGACUCUCUUGCUAUGGACAUUGCUGGAAGAGUGUGA